AUGGCCACCGCCAGAGCCAGCGCCGAUGGCGUACACAACGCACCCGAGACACUUCGUCAAUCGGACGAUAAGAAGGACAUCACACAGGUCGAGCGCGUACUCUCCGUCGGAGACGAGAAAGGCGAGCAUGCGGACUACAACCGAAUUGACCAGGAAGUUGCCAAAUACGCAGGCGCUUCUGAAGUCUUUAUCUCCGAAGAAGAGAACAAGAGGUUGAAGAAGAUGAUCGAUCGGCGUGUACUGCCCAUUAUGGUCAUCACGUACUUUUUGCAAUCGCUAGAUAAGGGUACCAUGUCCGCUACCUCAAUCAUGGGUAUCCGUGACGAUGUUCCUGGCCUUCUUUCCAAGGAGACUUUUGGGUGGCUCACCACCUGUAUCUAUCUCGCUGUGCUUGUCGUCGAAUACCCAACCAAUUGGAUUCUCCAACGAGUACCAGUCGCCAAAUACCUUGGUUUCAACAUCCUCGCAUGGAGUACCGUACUUGCCUGCCACGCCCUCUGCUUCAGCUUCCCUGCGCUCGUUGCUGUCCGAACACUCCUCGGUAUCUUCGAGGCCGUUUGCCAACCGGCUUUCUUGAUCAUGACUGGUCUUUGGUACAAGCGUGAGGAGCAGGCUCAGAUCGUUACUUACUGGUACAUGAUGAACGGUGCCCAACAGAUCGUCGGUGGUCUUCUCGCAUACGCCUUCUCCACAAUCAGACAUCCUAGCUUCAAGGCGAACCCCGGAAAUGCGCCAAUUAGGUCAUGGCAAGCCAUCUUCAUCUGUUACGGCUGUGUCUCUUUCCUCUGGGGACUCUAUGUCAUUUUUACACUUCCUGAUAGCCCUAUGCGCGCCAAGUGCUGGUCUGAAGAAGACAAGAAGCUCAUGGUUGAGCGUGUCCGCUCUAACCAGACCGGUCUCCAAAACAAGAAGUUCCGUGCCUACCAGUUCAAGGAGGCUCUCCUCGAUCCCCAGACCUACUGCUACAUGGGUAUCCAGAUCUUCACUACCCUCCCCACUUCUGGACUCGGUGCCUUCUACAACAUCAUCAUUCAGGAUCUCGGUUUCGAUGUCCUCCAGGUUCAACUGCUCGCCAUGGUUCUUGGUGUAGUCAUUAUUGCCACACUCAUGGGCUCAGCCUGGAUGGUCAAGAAGACAAAGCAAAACCUGUUGACCAUGGCCGUUUUCAUGAUCCCAGCUUUUACUGGCACAAUCGUCAUCAUGACUGUCAAGAACACUAACAACGCCACCAAAGCUGGUCUACUAAUCAGUUAUUGGAUCAUCUUCACCUUCUGGGCUGCCCAAGGUCUCGGCAUGUCCAUGCUGACGCGCAACGUCGGAGGUCAGACCAAGAAGUCUGUCUGCAUCACCAUGAACUUCUUUGCUUGGUGUGCCGGUAACGCCAUCGGUCCCAAGGUCUUCUUUGACGGCGACCCACGCUACCUCAAGUCGCUCUCUAUCCAUCUCGGAUGUUAUUCUGCGCUACUCUGUGUCAUUGCCUUCCUGAGAUUCAACCUCAUGCUCCGCAACAAGAAGAAGGACCGCGAGUUUGGAAAGGAGAUUAGCAACGCUCACGGAUUUGACGAUCUGACGGACAAGGAGAAUCCCAACUUCCGUUAUGUUUACUAG